AUGAGCUGGACGUAUGUGCUGCAGGAUGCUGGGGAUGUGGUUGAUGAUGCUGCAGUGAUGAGCUUUGAUGUGUCUGAUCUGAUUUUGAAUGCGGACGACAAAGAGCUGAACCAGUGGUGCUCUCUGAAGAAGACGUGCAUGUUCAGGUCUGAGAAAGAGGAGAUGAGCGAUCUGAAAAACUAUAAAAUUAAAGCCAAGAAUGAAAAGAAAAAGAAAGAAGUCCUGAGUUCUGUUUAUUCUGAGGAGGACAGAGAGCUGACCGAGGCUAAGACCAAAGUGGGGAAGAAGCGAAGAGAUCGCAUGAAGGACGCUGAGACGAGAGACGGAGCAGCAGAGGACGGAGACGCCGUCGUGGACUCUGCAGACGAGAAACUCGCUCAGGCGCUCAGGGAGGCGGCGGUCGAAGAAGAGGACGAGGAGGACGAGGUCCUGAUCCCCAAGAAAAAGAUGAAACGUGAAGAGCAGCCGCAGACGGAGCUCUCCGCUGCGGAAGCAGCAGGUGAAUCUGACGAGGUGAAAACCAGAACUGAACGACCAAAAUGGUCCAAGAAGAAGCACAAGCGCGCCGGCGGACGCCUGGCAUCGGGAAGCCACGGCGUGAAAAUCGGCGGGCGGGAGUUCAGCAGACAGAGACUGAAGGCGUACGGUCUGAACCCCAAGAGACUGUUCUUCAGACAGCUCGGCAGGCAGAGACGGAAAGAGCAGGUGAAGAAAGAGAAGCAGAAGAAAAAGGAGUGA